GACAACAUUUCACGAGACGGACAACGACGACGAUAGGAGGGCGAUCUUCGUCUGUGUUCUUUCCACACACGUCAAGACUCUCAGCUGUCCCAAUCCAUCUAGGAAUUCCACCGGAUCCGCUCAUAUUCGCACUGUCUUCUUGAAGUUCACCCACAUAAUUAGAGAGUCAAGAUGCCGCUACCAGCGAUAAUAGUGAAGUGGGCCGGCAGGGAGUUCCCGAUUGAAGACUUGGAGGACUCCACGACCUUGGCCGAUUUAAAAAAAAUUCUCGAGGAGAAAACAGACGUCCGUCGUGAGCGCCAAAAAAUUUUCGGUCUCAAAUGCAAAGGCAAGCCCGCCGUGGACUCCGAUCACAUGCGCGACAUGGGUCUGAAAGAGAAACAAAAAAUCAUGAUGGUCGGGAGUUCGGAGGAAACAAUCAUGAAAGCGAUGGAACUUCCCGACGUCAAACCAGAGGUCGUGAAUGAUUUCGACAUCGAGGAAGUGAUCAUCGCUGUGCCACAGAGACAAGAGUUCCUCGAUAAGAUUCAGAGACGCGUUUCUACGAUAAAGAUAAAUCAGUUCACGGAACCUCGUGAAAACAAGAAGCUACUCGUCCUCGACAUUGAUUACACGCUGUUCGAUCACAGAUCUUCUGCCGAAAGCGCUGCAGAGUUGAAAAGACCUUUUCUACACGAGUUCCUGACCGCUGCUUAUGAAGACUACGAUAUAGUUAUCUGGAGCGCCACCUCGAUGAAGUGGAUUGAUGUGAAGAUGAAAGAACUCGGAGUAACGGGCCAUCCCGCCUACAAAAUCCUCUUCCAUCUAGAUUCGGCUUCCAUGAUCUCUGUAUGGGUUCCCGAACGCGGAGUUCUUGACUGCAAGCCGCUCGGUGUCAUAUGGGGGAAAUAUCCGCAAUAUUCAGCCAAAAAUACGAUAAUGUUCGAUGACGUUUCGCGGAAUUUCAUCAUGAAUCCCCAGAAUGGACUGAAGAUACGGCCGUUCAGAGAAGCUCAUUUCAACCGCGACACCGAUAGAGAACUCAUCAAACUCGGCAGAUAUCUUAAAUUAAUCGCAUCUCUAGACGAUCUCAGUGAGCUCAACCACAAGAAAUGGGAGCGUUAUCUGGAGAAGAACGGGAGCAAGUGAUCUGCAUCGGUAUCCACGCUCUCAUGAUGUAUCUUCGAUGCUGGAAAUCGGCCCCCGGUUAAUAAUCGGAGCCCCCGUAUAUUUGUAUCGUGUACAUAGACUCAGCGAUUCCGUUCGACUGAUUGAUGUCGCUCGGAUUAGUAAUCCAGGCUUUUCUCGUGGACCGAGGACGCGGCGUGAGUGACGGAAAAUAAACUGCAUCCUGAUGGUU